AUGGGUAAAAGCCAACAAAUCAACUUGCCAAAUCCUUGGAGGGCCAAGGCCAAGGGUAAAAUCAUCCGCCAUGUGCCAAUCACUUUGUACGCCGAUGAUACUUCGGGGAACCGCUCGAAGCAAUGGAAUAAGCAUAUUUCAUAUUACUACACACUUUCUGGGCUACCUCCUAAGAUGACCAACCAGCAGUAUAAUUGCCAUUUCUUGGCCACUUCCAACACUGCUGGGGCUUUGGAAUUAGCAGAUCAAAUUGUGGAUGAGCUCAAUGUUCUUUCAACUGAGGGUUUUCAAGCAUAUGACGCCGGCUUGCAACAAGACGUCCUAGUUAUGACCAUGGUCCUAUGCUUUCUUGGGGAUUCCCCCAUGCACGCUGAGAUAGCAAACACACCUAUGCCCUCAGUAUCAUUAAACCCAUGCCGCAUGUGUGAUUUGUCUGCCCCGGCUAAGGAUGGCAAGUCUACUCAUCAAUAUGUGAAUGACUUUUUGGGCAAAGAUUCACAUGGACAUACGGCACCAUUCACCCCCCGCCAAUGGGAUGACACCAUUAAGAAUACUCAUGCUUUGUGGGAGAUAGGCAUGAAUCGCUCAAAAAAACUUUUUGACGACCGAUCCAUUGAGUAUGGCAUUCGAGAUGUUAUUAAUCGACAAUGUCUAAUGAUCAUCAAGGAUCGAAAAGCUUCACCAAGGAAGAAGGCACAGAUUCGCCGUUUGCAUCGGGACAAGUCGCCAAAAAUAUUUAGCCCAAUGCUCAGGCUCAAAGGAUUUGAUGGCUGCAAAGAUACACCAGUUGAAAUACUACAUGUAGUCCUAUUAGGAGUGGUCAAAUACCUACUCCGAGACUUCAUGAUGACCACAAUCAAACCCAAGCAUCUUCCCCAAUUGAUUGCAUCUUGGGAUUCCUUUGUGGUUAACUCAUUGCACAUGGGUCAAAUCAAAGGCAAGUAUUUUGUCAAGCAUUACAAGAGUUUGGUAGGGAAGCAUUUCCGCAUAGUGCUCCAAUUAGCCCCAUUUGUUUUGUUCCAGUUCAUGAACGAUCAGCAGAGGGAACUGUGGACAGCUUUGUGUCAAAUGUCCGCACUGAUAUUUCAAACCUCAAUACCCCACAUGGACACAUAUCUAACUGACCUCAGGGGCAAGAUUGACCGCUUCAUGUAUUUGUUGAUACAGAUGUCAGCACAAUGGGUCAACAAACCUAAGUUCCAUAUGUUAUAUCACCUCCCAGAAUCCAUCAGACGGUUUGGACCAGCCUGCCUAUUUGCAACCGAAAAGUUUGAAAGUUUCAAUGGCAUCUUACGUAACGCGUCGGUGCACUCCAAUCGCCACUGUCCUGGGCGUGACUUGGCCGUCACCUUUGCAAAUUAUGAAUGCAUGAGGGCCUUGCUGUCUGGAGGUCAACUUUACAACCACAUUGACCAAACAGUAUUUCACACCACUCAAGCAGUCACCAAUAUGUUCAAUGAUCCAAUGAUUCAAAAGUCAAUGGGAUACAAUCACAGAUCAGCCAACCCUAGUGCAGCCAUGAGUGCCACCUACCCCUCAAAGAAGGCCAUACCACAUCCAAUUCCCCAACACCUCAUCAAUGCUAACCCACACAAGAACAUCAAGGCAGUGUACACCCUCCAACUGGAUUCACACAUUGUACUUGCAAGGAACACAUUUGUCCAGAUCAAAUCAACACCCACAUCUACCACCAAGAGGCUAGGUAGGAUCAAUAACAUAUGGGAAAUCCAAUCUCAGCACCGGACCAGCUACGUUAUAUGUCUCACCUGGUUCAAGCUGUUGGGCAUAUCCAACUUCUACCAAAUGCGCAUCAUAGAAAGCACACAUGUUUUGGCAGAUGUACAUCCACAUGUGAGCAGCCGUCUAAUGUGA